GCACAAAUAAGAUUAGUCUGUUUUCGGUCGGUGUCAGCGCAACAUCACUGACAGACCUCAAGUCAAAAUACACCAAGAAUUAUAAGUGAAAGUGCAAAGAACAAAUAUAUAAACAUUGCCAAAAUAUCAAUUAACACUGUACUUUCAUACUUAUAUAAUUUCAGGCAGGUCUGUUGAACGCGUAUGCCAAUAUUUCUUCAAGUCACUGCAUAACAGGUAAGGUCUUUUUACUGCUGCAAAUAUGGCUUGCCCUUUUUUGACUAAUCUCAGUCAAAGUUACGUGAAAAACUAUGCCCCAGUUUUAAUAAAAAUGUAUGGCAGCCAAUGCCCAGUGCUUUCAAAAUCUAUUAACCAGAUGGCAAGAAACAGUGAAGUCCAAGAAACCUUAACCAAAACCCCUACAAAGUGUCCAUUUUUAAACGAAGUAUCUGGUGCAAUUAAAGAGCUGAAGCAAGAAGAUAUCAUUGAGGUAUCCACUCAGACAAAAACCACUAACAAUGAUGUGUUUGCUUAUGACCAAUUUUUUCAUGACCAAAUUAUGAAAAAGAAGAAAGAACAUUCCUACAGAAUUUUUAAAAAGGUUAACCGCUUAGCUGGUCCUGGAGAGUUCCCAAAAGCAAUUGACUAUACUUUUGGGGAGAAACCAAUAACUGUAUGGUGCUCAAAUGACUAUUUAGGAAUGUCAUGUCAUCCAGCUGUGAAAUAUGAGGCCAGUAAAGCAUUGGAACAAUUUGGAACAGGCGCAGGAGGAACCAGAAACAUUUCGGGUAACUCAAUGUUUCAUGAAAAAUUAGAGAAAACUUUGGCAAACCUGCAUCAGAAAGAAUCGGCUCUUUUAUUUACAUCUUGCUUCGUAGCCAACGACACCACGCUGUUUACGUUGGCCAAAGCUCUACCAGGUUGUCACAUUUUUUCUGAUGCGGGUAACCACGCCUCAAUGAUCCAGGGAAUAAAGAACAGCCAAGUUCCCAAACACAUAUUUCGGCACAACGAUCCUGAACAUUUAGAAUCAUUGCUUCAAAAAGUCGAUAAAAGAAUUCCUAAGCUAGUAGCAUUUGAAACGGUUCAUUCCAUGACAGGGGCCGUAUGUCCCCUUGAAGAUCUCUGCGAUAUAGCGCACAAAUAUGGUGGCCUUACGUUUGUGGAUGAAGUUCAUGCUGUUGGGUUAUAUGGUGAACAUGGUGCCGGCAUUGGGGAGAGAGACCACAUGAUGCAUAAAAUGGAUAUGAUUUCUGGAACAUUAGGAAAGGCAUUUGGAAAUAUUGGUGGAUAUGUUGCUGGUAAUGCAAAUUUGAUCGACAUGAUAAGAAGUUACGGGGCCGGAUUUAUAUUUACAACAAGUUUACCUCCAACAGUACUAGCAGGGGCGAUAAAAGCUAUUGAAGUUUUAGCCUCGGAAGAAGGCCGCUUCCUUCGUCAAAAACAUCAAGAAAAUGUGCAUUACCUACGAGAUAGCCUCCUUAGAAAUGGUUUCCCAGUGGAACAUACUCCUAGUCAUAUUAUUCCGAUCAAGAUUGGCGAUCCUCUCAAGUGUGCUGCGAUCAGCGAUACAUUGCUAAAAGAAAAGGGACAUUAUAUUCAGGCUAUUAAUUACCCAACUGUUGCUAGGGGUCAGGAGAAGCUUAGGUUGGCUCCUACACCGCACCAUACAAAGGAUAUGAUGGAUACGUUGGUUUCUGAUUUACGAGAAGUUUGGAAAAGAUUGGGUUUACCAUUUAUUGGUAUGCAGUGUGAAAAGGAAUGUCAGUUUUGUCAGAAACCAAUUUUGUUUGAUUACUACGAAUCCAGAGACAGGUGUAAAAUAGCCAAUUGCCCUCAACUCAUGGCAGCAGCAUAACUGAGGACCACAAAUCUGCGUCUACCUAAACUGAAUAUAUUUAAGAAUAUAGGAAAAGCCGGUUUUAAACCUUAUAUACGAAGUUUAUUUUUAGAGAAAUUUAUAAUUUGAACGUUGAUUUUUUUGUUAUAUAUUGAAUAUACAUAUGUUAAAGUUGAAGUCGGUUAUUAAUAGUAUUAAUAUUUUGUUGGCAGUAAUAAAUUUAAAUUAAUAGAAAACAAAGCGAAUAUUUGUGAUUUAUUAUUCGGAAAUAUAUACAGUUUGAUGUGACAAA